AUGGAGUUAAUGAGCUGCUCUGCGAGGUUAAAACUGAACUCAUUGGAUGUGGAGGAGGAGGAGCAGCCCGAGGAUGAUGGCGCUUAUCAACUCCCUACACUGUUUAACUUGACCGUACAGAGAUAUGAAGGUGAAACAUGUGAUGGACAGCUUCAUGGUGAAGGUGUUGCCUGUUUUGAAGGAGACCACGUUUACAAGGGCAAGUUUAAUAUGGGACUUAUGGAUGGACCUGGAAUCUUCACAUGGGCAGAUGGAUUGAAAUAUGAGGGAGAGUUUGUGUGCAACAUGGUGCUGGGUCAGGGCACAUAUACCUGGCCAGAUGGUAGCUCUUACAAGGGGGAAGUGUACAACGGUGUUCGUCAUGGGACUGGAACCUACACAUGUGCCAAAAACGGUGUGUCAUACACAGGGCAGUGGGAUCAGAGCAAGAGGCACGGAAAGGGUGCAGUCUAUUAUAACCAGGAUAAGACUUCAUGGUACAAAGGAGAUUGGGUGAAGAACAACAGAGAGGGAUGGGGAGUGAGAUGCUACCCUUCUGGUAACAUUUACUCUGGUGAGUGGAAGAACAACGUGAGAAAUGGAGAGGGCACGAUGAGGUGGCUGAAACUGAGACAGCAGUAUGACGGCCAAUGGCAGGAUGGAGUCCAGCAUGGACGAGGCACACAGACCUGGAUCCUGAGGCGAAUGGAUGGAUCCCAGUACUGCCAGAGCAAUCAGUACACAGGGGAUUUUGUUCGGGGUCAGAGGCAUGGAAGGGGGAGCUUUUCCUACGCUGGCGGAGCGAUCUACGAAGGAGAAUGGAGGAACGAUAAGAAACACGGACAGGGAAAAUUCACCUCCAAGGAUGGCCGUGUUUUUGACGGAGAGUUUGUGGACGAUCAGAUGAUGUCACCCAACUUGUGUGGAAACAGAGCUCCCACUCCACAUGUUACAGGUGUAGUUCCCAUGUCAAGUGAAGAUGCGUCCAUACUAGGACCAGACAUGAGUGUGAACAUUGAACGUCUCCUUGAGAAAAUCCCUGAGAGAAAACGUGACGCUGAGCGCAAACAGAUGGAGUUUGUGAUGCUGAGGCACAAUAAAGAGCUGAAGUCUAUCUACAGUUUCUACAGCAGACUUGGUCACAGUCAGUCGCCGGAUAACACCUUCCUGCUGUCCCGCAUGCAGCUGUGGCGCCUGCUCAAAGACUGCAACAUCCACCAUCAUGACAUCACUCUGACACAGCUAGACCUUUAUACCAGAGAGGAUGCCGCCCCAGCAGAGAUUCACUCUCCCUUCACUCCCAUGCUGCUCUGUAGGCUCCUCAGUUGCCUAGCGAUCGCAGCCUAUCACAUCUACCAUAAGGACAUGGUGUCACAAAAAUACCUUCUGGCUGCCUGCUUUUCCAAACUUCUGACAGAUGACAUCCUACCUAAUGCUAUGAUUGUAAAAGGCUUCCUGUUUAAGCAGCCAGCGUGUAGUGCAGCGGUGUCUGUGAACUACUCGAAGAAGUGCUGGGAAGUCUAUCAGGCUUACUGCAGGGUCAGCGCAGCCCCCAGGAAUGACCUCACCCUAACUUGGAGGCAGCUGCUGUGGAUGUUCAAGGAGUUCCAUCUGUUAGACAACAAGCUGACCACAGCGAGGUUAUUAGAGAUCAUCACUGCAGACAGCCCUGACCCCAGCAACCCGUCCUCCUGCCUGGAUCUAGAGAUUACAUUCCUGGAGUUUUUUGAGGUUCUUCUUGGCUGUGCCGAGGUGAAGUGUCAGCAGAUUUCCGAAGGCCUGGAGGAGAGUCUGUCCCCAUCCAGCACUGAGGCAGAGGCCACAAGGAAUUCCCCUAAAGAGGAGGCCAGUGAGAAAAACCUGCCAACUACAAACAGCCCUCCUCCAACGACAGCAGCUCCAGUGAAUUCAUCCGGUUCUCCUGAAGUCUCCAGUCCCAAGCCAGUAGAGGCAGAGAGAUCCAGUAACACACCAGAGUUAUCUACUGCUCAAGACCUGGAGAGUCAACAAGAACCAGGGCAUCCAAAAUCUGAGUCUGCAGACCACACAGGUGAAGGACAGGAUGGACAAACCAAAGAUGUGGAGGCCAAAGACCACCAACUGGAGCUUUGGAUCCACAAGGUCCAUCAGUUCUUCAUUCACUUUUUCUUCCCUGCGUUUGACCAUCACCAGUUAGUGACUAGCAACAUGAAGGAGGAGAAGCUCCGUCAGGAGGCCCAGAGACGCAUUGCUCUGGCUAAAGCCCAACAAAGAGCCAGGUUAAAGGUGCACUGGGAAGCUGCUGAACGGCAGGACAAUAACAAUGCAAUAGUGGAGGUGGAGGCAACAGAAAACCCUGAUUAA